ACCAGGGGAAGAAAGAAACUCGCCUCUUUUAGAAUAGCUGCGGUGCUGGAGUAGUCUACACUCGUCGCCUGAUAGUUCCAGGCAAAACGGAACAUUGACCCUUUUUUAUUUGAUUCGAUUUAAAUCCUCUUCUCAAACAAGAUGUGACUCUUUUCAAAGAACAGACUAAUACCUUUAGAAUAUCCAUGUCGUUCAGGAUAGCCGAAAGAGAGAACGUCAAGGGGUUUUCUACGAAUGGAAGUUAUCUGUUGUGAGUUGUUUUGAAUAUGUUAUUCCGAAGUGAGUUUGUUUUUUGUUUGUCUCCGUUCGUCGUGGACCUUUAAUUUGGAAUCUAUCGACGAAAUCCAGAUCGUCAAGGGAAACCCAGAGCGAGGAUUCUACAAAGCCAGAGAGCUCACAGACCGGGGAUUUAAAUUGUUUGGUGUGCUCCGGGAGAAGCGAGAGUCAAAGAAAGAAAUUCAUGUGGCCAUUCUCUCUUUAGCAAAACAUUGUGGAUUGCAGAAUGAGCAAGGAAAGACCUAAGAGGAAUAUCAUCCAAAAGAAAUACGAUGACAUAGAUGGGAUCCCCUGGUCAGAGGAGAGGGAUGUGAGGAAGGUGCUCUAUCUCUCCCUGAAGGAGUUCAAGACUGCUCAGAAAAGGCAGCUUGGAGAUGGAACCAAAUACACAAAUGGUUCACAUGCCCGCGGCCAGCUCAACGGCUUGGGGCAGAAGGGCCACAAGGCUGACGGGUUGCGGUUCCAGAGCACAAAUGGCAGCAGCGAGUACUCUGAGGAUGGUCCUGCCAAGAAGAGGCCCAGACUGCAAGCUCAGAGGAAGUUUGCCCAGUCUCAGCCCAACUCUCCCAGCACCACGCCGGUCAAGUUGUCAGAUACCGCCCUGCCCGCCCCCUCCGCUCACAUCAGGGACAUCUCCAGACGGAAACCCAAGACUGAGGACUUCCUCACCUUCCUCUGCCUGAGAGGUUACUCCUCCUGGCCAAAUGAAGGUUCGUCAGCGUUGCCCAGUAACAUGGCGUACUUUGGGAGCUCUCAGGACGAAGAUGAGCUGGAUGAUGAUGAUGAAGAGGAAUACGAGGAUGUGAAGCCAGACAUCAGUGUGGCGUCUACUUCCUGUCAAUCCACGCCCAGGAAGGGCAAACCCCCAGGGAAACAUGCCGUCAACGGCCACGUGUUGAAUGGCCACAGCAAGUCGCCCCGGGACAGCCCCAAGCCCAGAGGGAAGGAGUGGGUGCAGGUGAGGGAGCGCAGUGAGAGGGCCGAGGCCCGGAGGGAGCAGGCCCUCAGCCAGCCAGAGGCCACAGCCAGGGGCCACACCUUACCCAGAGGCCACACUACCAAUGGACUGCCUCACAGGAGGGCUGCAGAGGAGCCCCGCAAGCAGGUCUUUAAAGUGAACGGCGUCACACGGGUGUCCCAGCCAGGCGUGCACACGGCCGGUGCCCAAAAAACGAAAGACUUCAGACUGCCGUCCAAAACUGUGAAGGGCCAAGUCACAUACACCAAAGCAAAACGAGAACUGGUCAAGAAAACCAAACUGAACCACCGCAAACACAGCACUGCUGCUUCACAUAGAGCCAAUAGCAACAAUCACCACCGCCACCAGCGACUCCCCCUCUCCAACUCAGGAAAAGCCCAGAUUAGCAAAGCAAAAACACGCAAACAGGUGUUAUUAUCCAAUGGGGUGUACAAGGUGGCUAACGGGGGCGGUGUGCGCCUCAACGGUCGCCUCUGUGCCAAGCAGGAGGUGGGCAGGCAGGGGCGUGAGGGGCUGAGGAACUCCAAGCGGAGGCUGGAGGUGGCGGUAGCAGCCAUCGGGGUGGUGGCUGACUCCCAGGGUCAGCUGGUCAUCCUGGAGAAUAACCCCAACCCUAAGAAGACAGAACAGCACCAGACCAGCCCUCUGGAAACACGCAGUAAGAAAGCCUGUCAGGACAAGACCUUGGUCCCCAACGGACACAUCGUCAUGGAAACCACCCCUCCCCCGACCCUGCUAGCCCCACCCCCUCCCCCGACUCCUCCCGCCACACCACCAGCCAAUCCAGAGCCAGAGCGCCAGCGGCCCAAGCGGGCGUCAGCCGGCAAGCUGAUGUUCAUCAGACAAGCACAGCAGCGGGCGCAGGUUGCCUCUAACCCUAACCACAACCGCUCAACUACCUCAGAAUCCCCUUGCCACACUUCUGGACACAACCCUGGACAUAUCCCUCACAAACCAGCAGAGCCCCGGCCUGACAGGGAGUGGGAAAGGGAGAAGGAGAGGGAGAGAGAGAGGGCGGAGAGGAGUAGGGUGAGCUGGGCGGCGUUGGGUGAGGCGCCAGUGUUCUGUCCCACCCAGCGGGAGUUCCAGGACCCCCUGGUGUACCUGGACUCUGUGCGGGAGGGGGCAGAGCCCUUCGGACUUUGUCGUGUGGUUCCCCCGGCUGACUGGCGCCCAGAGUGCAAACUGAACGAUGAGAUGCGCUUUGUGACCCAGGUGCAGCGCAUCCACAAGCUGGGCCGUCGCUGGGGCCCCAAUGUACAGAGGCUAGCCUGCAUCAAGAAGCACCUCAAAUCUCAGGGCAUCACCAUGGAAGACCCCCCGCUCAUCGGUGGCUGUGAGGUGGACCUGGCUCGGUUUUUCCAGCUGAUUAAUGACAUGGGCGGCAUGCAGCAGGUGAUGGACCUGAAGAAGUGGAGUAAACUGGCUGAUCUGCUGCGGAUCCCCAAGUCAGCCCAGGACCGUCUAGCCAAGCUGCAGGAGUCCUACCUCCAGUACCUGCUGUCCUAUGACUCUCUGUCCCCCGAGGAGCACCGACGCCUGGAGAGGGAGGUGCUACAGGAGAAGGAGGGCCUGGAACGCCUCAGGGGGCCCCUGGAGGGCCACACAGAAAGGAGCCUGGUCCUGCCGCGCUACGAGCCAAAGAACGGGCUGGCCGGCAGUCUGGUGCAGCGCAGCAACGGUCAGCUGUGCAGCCGGCUGAAGGAGCUGGACACUCAGCAGCUGAAGGUGGGACGCCGGAGGCUGUUCGCUCAGGAAAAGAAUAAUGGGGACAAGACACAGCAGGAUGAAGAGGAGGCGGAUAUGGAGAAAGGCGUUCUCAGUGACCAGCACAAGUGUAUUUACAAGGGGAAAUCUGUAUCUCUCACCAACUUCUUUAGGAUAGCCAGGAACACCAUGACCAUGUGCUUUAACAAAGAGCCCGGUGCUGCUGAAGUCGAGCAAGAAUACUGGAGGAUAGUGGAGCAGAGGCACUGCCAUGUGGCAGUGCAUUAUGGGAAAGUGGACACCAACACACACGGAAGUGGCUUCCCCGUGGGAAAGUCAGAGCCAUUUUCUAAACAUGGAUGGAACCUCACUGUCCUCCCAAAUAAUUCUGGAUCCAUUCUGCGGCAUCUUGGAGCCGUGCCCGGGGUGACCAUUCCCUGGCUGAACAUUGGCAUGGUCUUUUCUACCUCAUGCUGGUCUCGAGACCAAAACCGCCUUCCAUACAUUGAUUACUUACACACUGGUGCUGACUGCAUUUGGUAUUCUGUUCCUGCUGAAGAGAAGGUGAAGCUUGACAAGGUGGUUCACACACUGCUGCAGGCCAACGGGACCCCCGGGCUGGAGAUGCUGGAGAAGAACAUCAUGAUCUCUCCGGAGGUGCUUUGUCGAGAGGGUAUCAAGGUCCACCGCACCGUCCAGCAGAGCGGUCAGUUUGUGGUCUGCUUCCCUGGGACCUUUGUGUCCAAGGUCUGCUGUGGCUACAGUGUGUCGGAAACCGUUCACUUUGCCACCCCCCAGUGGAUGAACCUGGGAUACGAGGCUUCUAAGGACCUUAAAUGCCGGCACAUAGCCAAACCCUUCUCCAUGGAGAAGUUACUCUACCAGAUCGCCACGGCCGAAUCCAAACGCGAGAACGGACACCUUCUGACAACAAUCUCCGCUCUUCUCAAAGACCUCAGGAACAUAGAGAUGAGACAACGGCAGGAACUGUACGAGGCGGGGCUUCUGUCUUCUGCCCGCUACGGAACACACGACAACAACCUGGUGCCCGGCGACGGACGCAAGAAACCCAGGAAGUGGCUGGCACUAGAGUCCUCAGAGAGACGCUGCCAGACCUGCCAACACCUCUGCUACCUGUCCAUGGUGGUCCAGGAGAAUGAGAACGUGGUCUUCUGUCUGGAGUGUGCUCUGAGAUACGUGGAGAAUCACAAGUCCUGCAGAGGCCUCAAGAUGAUGUAUCGUUAUGAUGAGGAGCAGAUCAACAGCUUGGUGAAGCAGGUGUGUGGCAAGGCCCUGGAGAAGACGACUGAGAAAUGUAAUGCUGCGAGCCCCUUUAAACCACCACCCAAACGCGGUCCCCGGAAGAGAGCCACCGUGGAAGUGUCCCUGUCCCGCCUCUCCUCCCACCUGUCUCCCGCAGCCGUCUCAUAAGGACGUUAACACCCCCCACUGCCCCUCCAUCUUAGUUUGGCGAAUCACUGUUGUCUUUUUUAAAGAAAGAAAGAAUAUUUCCAGCUUUUAAUGCCCCAAAUCUCCCCUACCUAUGCCCCUUACCAUGACAAACUACCCCCCUUAGUAUGGCAAACUUGUGAAAGCAAACUGUAUUUUUUUGCACUAGCACAGAAAAAACUAUUUUUCAGUUAUUUUUUGGGGGGGGGGGGGGUUAGUUGAUGUCAUCCUUAGCAUUAAUUGAAAAGUUCACCGGUAAAUGUUGUGCCCCUUGCACUGCCCCCCUCUACACUUUUUGAGGAGAGGGUCAGAUUGGUCUUCCCUAUCCACACUGCAGUCACACCCAUCGCCACCUGUCACUCAACUGUGAACAAAGGGACGAACGGAGAAGGUGCUCCUUUUUUCAUUUUUAUUGAAAGUAGAACCCAAAGUUUGCUCUCGUCUUCAGUUUUUGAAGAUGACUUGUUUAUAUUCUCCUCUUUUACCUGCAGCAGCUCCUGUUGUUUAGGGUCUGUUGCGCCCUAACCCACGCCAGGUAAAACUUGAAAGGCAGAUGUGUUUUGGCUUGCUUGUUUUUAUUUUGGAUUUUAGCUUUGAUUUUAGUCUUCUGUGUUUAUUUUGUUGUUUUGUUCCUUGGUGGCUGUGGAACUAGCGGUGCCGUGGCUGUAUGUCAGAAAUACAGCCUGGUGUGCCGUAUGUCAGAAACACAGACCUAGGUGCUGUGGCUGUAUGUCAGAAAUACAGACCUGGGUGCCGUUGGUCUCUGUGCCCGUAGUAGAAGGGAGGCCUCCUUUGCUAGCGAGUGAAAACUGUGCCUAAUACUCAGCAAGGAGAUCCAUAGUUUUUGGUGCUGUUGGUUAUUAUUACUGUAUAACAAUACAAAAGAAAGGUGAGGUGCUGGCUAACUACUAGCCUCCUCUCCCACAGGUCGGUAGCCUCUACUCUCCUCUCCCACAGGUCGGUAGCCUCUACUCUCCUCUCCCACAGGGCGGUAGCCUAUACUCUCCUCUCCCACAGGGCGGUAGCCUCUACUCUCCUCUCCCACAGGGAUGAUGUUCAAGGUUUUAAUGUCCCACAGGGUUAGGUUAGGGUUCUAGGCUCUCCUCUCCCGCAGGGUUAAGUUAGGGUUCUAGGCUCUCCUCUCCCAUAGGGUUAAGUUAGGGUUCUAGGCUCUCCUCUCCCACAUGGUUAGGGUUCUAGGCUCUCCUCUCCCACAGGGAUAGGGUUCUAGGCUCUCCUCUCCCACAGGGUUAGGGUUCUAGGCUUUCCUCUUCUAGAUGUGCAAUCAUGUUAACAUUCCAUUCUUCCAGUCCUAUUGUUUCAGCUGUACCAGUAAACAUUAAUUAUUUUAUUAUUAUUUUAUAUUUUUCUUGUGUAUGCGUUCUGAUGUGCGCGUAGAACCACUAGUCAAAGGGUGUAAAAUGUGAAAUAUGGAAAUCCAUGUUCUUUUUUUGCUUUUGCAUUUUCCCUUUUUCAGAUGUAUUAUGUAUGAUUUUAGGAGUAAGUCCAACACAAAAACAUAAACUUUUGUACAUAAUCCUGUAAAUGUCUUUAAAUACUUGAGCCUUUUCUGGGGUGAAGGAAGGAAUGAUGCCUCUAAAGGUAUUAGUGGAAGCAAGGGAGGAAGUGCUUGAUGAAGAAAAAGCCUUACGUUUCAGUUUCUUCAUGUGUGUGUUUGAUGCUUACAGGGUUGCUCUGGUUACGUGUAUACAUUUAAGUGCUGCUUACAUCAGUGAGAAAGAUAUGGAGUAGCAAUGGCCCCCUAUUUUAUUUUUAUUUUUUAGCUUUACUUUUUUAAAGAAAAGGGAAAAUGUGUUCACAAAAAAAAUGGUUUUAAAUUUUCAUUACUGAAAAUUCAACAAUGUAGUAGCUCCUCAUGUUGCACUGAGCUUGCCAGUGGUGGCUGACAAGGUGAUCCUAUUAUCCAGUUUGUUGGUUGUUGUCCUUUACAGAAGACUGAACUGUUUUAGGAGUAUUUAAUGAAAACCAAGUUGGGUGUUUUCCACAGAAAGUGGUUGUCAAGUUUUUAUGGCCUUACAAUGUAUUUUAUUCAGAUUCUUUUUUUUUUUUUGCAUUUUCUUUUUCUACAGUAUAAACUAUUGCUCACGGUCUGGCAAGUUAAUUUAUUAGCGAUGCGUCUCCAGCUUUCCUUCCAUUUGGAAAGAUUUCAUGUUGGUUAUAUUGCCAGUUUUUUUACUUUUGCAGUUUGUACUAAAAGUUUAAUAAAAACGUACAGACAAUUCACUGUCUUUUCUUUUGAA